AUGAUGAAUUCAUUAACGGAACUCAUACUUGUUCGCCACGGAGAAACAGAAUGGAACUUGAGUGGCUUUAUCCAAGGAUGCACAGACAUUCCUUUGUCAUCCAAUGGCCGUUUACAAGCCGUUGAAGUUUCCGAAUCAUUAACAAAUAGUUUUGAUGUGAUUUACACCUCUCCUCUUCAACGUGCAUUAGACACCGCCAAAGCAAUUUCCAAUGGCAAAUUUCCAAUCAUCAUCGAUGACAAAUUUCGCGAAGUUCCAUUUGGAAAUUGGGAAGGAAAACGCUUUGAAGAUUUGACUGAUGAAAAUUAUAAGAAGUUCUGUCGUGGGGAAGAUGGUCUUCCAAUUGGUGACACUGGGAAAAGCAUCAGAUAUUGGGAGGAAAAGAACGCAGAGGUCCUCCUCAACAUCUGUCAUGAAAAUGAAGGUAAACGGAUUGUAGUCGUAUCACAUGGCGCAUGGAUUAAAUGCGCAAUUUUAGGACUGCUCAAAUUGGAACCAAAAGCAUAUCACAAUAUCAAGCUUGGAAACACAGGUGUCUCACGUGUUAAAUUUCCAUAUGGGUAUCCAAUAUUAGAGAACUUUAACAUAACAUCACAUACAAGUCUUGGUGACAGGAGUAAAACAGGAUAA